ACUUGCAGCUUUUCCAUGAUCGAGAUCUCGGACCGAUUUCUAGCAUCGUGGACACAAGGCUUAAAUACUAACGUGCUAUGCACGUGCAUGAUGCUGAAGGAUGUUUGUUAUCAUAAAUUAAAAAAGCAUGUUAAUUGCUUCUAAACUACUUUGUAGCAUAUAGUAAAAAUGUGUUAUCUUGAAGUUAUGCCACAUUGUAGAAGUAAUAAGAAACCAAUAACAAAGAAACAGCAGCAAAAUGCUAAUUUUUAUGAAAUCAAUAUUCGUGCUCCUCUGCAAGAUAACGACAAUAUUUGUUUUUUAUAUUAAUUUUGCAUAUAUGUUGGAUGUGUAUUUUCAAUGGUUGUUCAAUGGUGUUCGAGAUAUGCAGCAAUAUGAUUAUAUUGUUGUUGGUGCUGGUAGCGCUGGUGCAAUUCUAGCAGCACGUCUAGCAGAGGAUGGAGACAGUGUACUGCUAUUGGAAGCAGGAGGUGCUGCACCACCUUUUCUUGACAUACCGCUCUUAGCACCGGUCAUUCAGAGAACCACUUAUGAUUGGCAAUACAUCACUGUUCCUCAGCAAUACGCAUGCAAAGGUUUGAUCAAUAAUCAAAGCAGAUGGCCUAGAGGCAAAGUUCUUGGAGGCACGAGCCGCUUAAAUUAUAUGGCUUAUGUAUUAGGACACAAACUGGAUUAUGAGAAAUGGUUUCCAGAUUUUAUUGAGUCAGUUGCAGAGAAUGAUGAAUCUGUGAGUAUCAGUGAAUUGAGAUGGAAUUCUGACUUGGCUGAUAUAAUUCUGAAGGCACUGAAGGAAUUGAAUUAUAAUGUCGGCGAUAUGAAUUCAGAACUGGAUACAGGUUUCAUGAAGGUUCAACUGACAAUGGAAAAUGGCAGAAGAUGGAGUUCGGACAAAGUUUUAUGUCAAAAACCGACUCAUACUUUGACCGUACUUACUCACGCACGCGCUAGCAAAAUACUAGUGAAUAUGGAUAAAGCUGAGGGGAUUGAAUUUGUUAAAUUCAAUAAUAAAUAUACAGCAAUGGCGAAGAAAGCAGUUGUUCUAAGUGCUGGCGCAAUUGAGAGCCCAAAACUGUUAAUGUUAUCUGGAAUUGGGCCAAGGAAACACCUGGAGGAUCUUGGUAUUGGUGUGAUCAAUGAUUUGCCUGUUGGUCAGAAUUUGGUGGAUCAUAUAUUAACUGGUCUUGAUUUAGUCAUGUUUAACGCAAGCCUUGGAUUGAACGUCUACGAUAUCUUCAACCCUAUGUCAGCCAUCAAAUAUUUUCUUUUUGGGGAAGGUCCAUGGACAUCAUCUGGAAUUGAAGUAGUAGGAACGUUUCACAGUACUUUACAAACAAAUAAAUCUGCAGCACCUGACUUGCAGUUAAUGGUACUACCUCUUGGAACAUCAAGGGACACUGGCUUUAUUCUUAAGAAAGCAAUAGGAAUUUCCGAUGAGGUCUAUAGCAACUAUUUCGCUCCUCUGUUAUACAAAAAUACAGUGACAAUUGCGCCUAUCUUACUGCAUCCUAAAAGUAGGGGAGAAGUACGACUGCGAAGUGGCGAUCCUUUUGACGAGCCGCUGAUUGAUCCGAAAUAUUUGUCAAAUGAGAAUGACAUCGACACUCUCAUAGAAGGUUUAUACUUUAUAAAGACCCUUUUGGAGACGGAUGUUUUGAGAGCUCAUGGCGCGUCUUUUAAUGAAAAUCCUUUCCCUGGUUGUGAAAACGAAAUAUUUGCCAGCAGGGAAUAUUGGAAAUGUUACAUACAACAUCUUACAUUAACGUCUUACCAUCCAGGUGGUACAUGUCGCAUGGGCGAUGUUGUCGAUGCAUCAUUUAGAGUUCACAACAUGAAAAAUUUGUAUGUCGUGGACGCUUCGGUUCUUCUGUCGCUGCCAAGCGGAAAUAUUAAUGCAGCUGUGAUUGCAUUGGCACAAAAAGCUGCGCGUAUGUUUAAAGAUAAAAAGGUACGAGAAAUAAAGAAACGAUAUAAAUCAUACAAUGCCUGCUAUGUAUUUCAUGUCUGUGAAAUGUGAUAUAAAUAAAAAAAAAUAAAAUUUGUGAUAUUAA